AAAAGGAAAAUAUUAAUUUACAUUUUUGGCAGUCAAAUGCUCAUUUCAGCUAAUAAAUGUAAAAUAUAUCAUUUUAGACGAAUAAUUAUUGUGAACUUUACAAGGUUUUAUAUUCAGGUUAUAUCUGAACAAGAAAUCGAGGAGGAAAGAAAUACCAAUAAGAAAGCAGAAACAAAAGGAGGGCGGAAAAAUAAUUGUAAAGUUCCAUGCUUAGAUAAAGUUUUAGACAACUUUCCUGUGUUGAAAAGGAAAACGUUGUGGACAGUUGUUGGGGUGUUUUCCACCUUUAGAUUCGGGACUUCACUUCCCAGAUUUUCUCAGUCGGGGAUCUCAAAGAAAAUUAAGGGGCAUAUAGAAUCUACCACAGAUUCUUUCGUUGAAGAUCUAACAGUAAUAAUAGGAACUUUAGUCGGAAUAAUAUUGUCAUAUUUGGCAAGGAAGUGCAGCUGCCUCAAAAGGUAUAGAAGGAGAGGUUUGGACUUUGCCUUCACAAUCGUUUCCAUUGCUUGUCAAGUUAUCGGUUUUUCUUCUGCAGUAACUUUAGACAAAGUUGGCUAUCACAUCUACUUCAAUCUUAUUCUUAUGGCUUUAAAAGGUUUAUCAGAAAAUAUAAGAACUGAAGCAAUGCCAGAUGUCCUUGGAAGUUCUAAUAUUAAAAUAACGGAGGGACUUCUUCAUAUGUUCACAGGAUUAGCCGGUAUAGUAGCUGAAACUGUACACAGUGCACAACGUACGACAGACGGCCAGCAAGACUGGAAAAAAAUGUUUAAGAUAGGUGGUGGAUGUCUCCUUAUGAAUGGUCUCUUGUCAGAGGUAUACGUUAUGUCAAUGUUAUUUAAACAUCCAAGACAAGAUGAAGAUGUGUCAAAUAAAUUGAAUGAAGACGGAAAUGAAUCUAACCAAGAUAACGAGGAUUUUGCUGUGGUAGAAACCUCGAGUAUUAAAAAUGCAAUCAAGAGCAAACUUCUAGCGUCGAAAUCAACGGAUACUAACAUACUAACAGUAAAUACAGGUACUAUGACAGAACCAUUCAAGACUGAUCCGAUGCCAGAACCAUUAACGAUUAAUGUUAACCCACUUCCAUAUAGCCAACCAACAUAUUCUAAAGCAAGAAUACCAGCAACUACUCCAUCAAGAAAUUCAACAAUUUCACCUGGCACAGUAGCUGCUGUCAUAGAUUGUCCAAGAUAUGUUAAAGCAUUGAUGCCGCCAUAUAAACGAACAUUUCCAAAAAACAUGUAAACGAUUAGUAGAAAAAAAGAAUGGAAGACGCAGAGAAUAUAAUGUGUUUAUGCAUAUGCAAAUAACAUUUCUAAACCUUAUUGUCAUUUACAAAAGUUAUAAUAUUCCUACUCAAUAUUAAACUCUUUUAAUAAUGAAGUAUUAUUGCCUUUUAUAUUAACAUUGAACUCUUUCUUUAAGUGGUCAAAUCAGCUGCAGGUAAUUAUGUUUAGAAAACAAUACAAUAAUUAAAGUAAAUAACAGGAACAUUUGAAUCUACGACUCAUUAAAUAUACAUUCUCAAACUGUGAAUGUUGUUUAACCCAAACACUUUCAAAGAUAAUUUAGCUAACCACUUUAGUCACAUAUUGCACAAGAUUAUUGCUUCUAUUACAAUUAUGCUUUAAAGCGGCCUUCGGGUUUUCUUAAGUUGAAAUUUAUUACCCUUUAGUAGAUAAAUCGUUGCAUAUAAGUGUCAAAUCAAAAUUAAGUUGAAAAAUGAAUUCUGUCGACGAUAAAAUGUAUAAACAUGAAACCGCUUGAUACCUAUAAUCUACCGGUCCAUCCUCUAUAUUUAAACUUAAUGGAUUUAGCUCAAUACAGGAUUGGAGCAGCACCUCUAGACGCUUGCAGAAAUCAUGAUCACAAAAUAGGCAAAUAUCGUUUUUUUUUUUCGCCGAUUUUUACAUUUCCCUUGAUUAUCGUACUAGAUUCGGUGUGAAAAGAUGAAUUAGACCUGUUAAAUUUAAAUUCCGUUGGGUAAAAAGACAAGCUU